AUGGAUUCUCUUCAAUUUCUUCGACGCUUCCUAGCAUCAUAUUGGGUGUCACCCAAAGUCCCGGAAUGCACGUUUAGUCGUUUCUUCGACCUCCCAGCGGAGAUACGCUAUAUGAUCUACCAGAAGUUGUGGUUCUCAAAAACCCUGAAAUACGACAGCAGCCUGUGGAUCCUGCGACAAGAUGGGACGAACAACUACUCUCGCGAUGUUGAAACUCUUGUCGUUUGCAAACAGUGGUACAUGGAAGCACUCCCUGUUCUGCUGCACACAACUAUUGUGCGGCCAACAGACGCCGUCGUCAAGUACUACGGGGAACGAUCCAAGAGCGCAGUGCCUCUGGGCAUUCCCAAAGUCAUUCAUAUGCUGCCCGCUGUCAAGCAUGCAGCUCUAAGCGUGGGCGAGCUUACGAUUGGCAAUGUUGAAUUGAUGCUGGACGCUAUGCAAGCGCUGCGCACGUUGGACCUCACAUAUUCCCGUCGCAAAGAUUGGCUCACGCACCAUGGCUUGAAUAUCUGCUGGGUCCACAUGAACAGUGCCAGAAGUUCGACCGGACUACCAGACCUUAUGGGCAUCAACCACAUACGAACGCACGCCGAUGAUCUCGUCCUUCAGAAGAAAGGAAACUAUCACAGCAGUCGACUAUCCGCUAUUGUGAAGGCUUGGUUACGCCGCAGAAAACCGUUCUCACUCAACCUGCUCUGCUGUAUUACGUGCUACUUUGCUGGCACUCCAUGGGCUGCAGUCCAGCAAGCGGCAGGGCCGCUCGUGCGUCGCUACGCAUACUGGAAAACUCGUACCAAUUACAAUAGCAAGGAGAUGGACUUCUUGGACGACAACGGCAAUAUCAAGAUGAAGAUUCCGCUGUAUGGGCUACCUGUCUGA